GCUUCAACUGGGGAAACCGAGGCUGGGCUGAGCCUGGGCCGGGGCAGGCUCCGCCCUAGCUCCGCCCCCUGAGUCCAGGAGGAGGGCUUAGGGUGCCUUGGGGUGUGCCUUUGCCAGGGUGUCCAGCUUGGGUGUCCGGAGGGUUGGCCAAUGAGAACCCCGACGGUCAGGAAUGCUCAUUUACUGCGGGCACCUUCCCUUGGGUCUUCACAGAUCACCACCCACCUGGGCAGGAGGCGUCUCGGCCCUCAGGGAGGCUCAGGGAGCCCACGAGUGGUAAAAGGCAGAGUUACGAAGAGACAGAGAGAAUUCUUCUGUCCGCUGGUUCACUCCCCAAGUGGCGCCAACGGCCGGAGCUGAGCCGAUCCACAGGCAGGAGCCAGGAGCCUCCUCGGGGUCUCCACGCAGGAGCCAUGGAAAACAUCACUGAAUACCCGGAUUACGGUACCCUGUACCCUCCCAUCGUGGCUAACCCUUCCCAUCAUCUGCGCCCGCUGGAUGUCAUAGCCUUGGUCAUCUACAUGGCUGUCUUCCUGAUGGGUGUGCCGGGCAAUGCCCUGGUGGUGUGGGUGACGGCACAGGAGGCCAAGCGAGUCAUCAACGCCAUCUGGUUCCUCAAUCUGGCCGUGGCUGACCUCCUGUCGUGCCUGGCGCUGCCUGUCUUGUUCGUGUCCAUCAUCCAGGACGGGCACUGGUCCUUGGGCGAGGCCGCCUGUCACAUCCUGCCCUCCCUCAUCUUGCUCAACUUGUACGCCAGCAUCCUGCUCCUGGCCACCAUCAGCGCCGACCGCUUCUUGCUGGUGUUCAACCCCAUCUGGUGCCAGAACUUCCGAGGGGCCCGCUUAGCCUGGCUGCUCUGUGGCCUGGCCUGGGCCCUGGCUUUGGUCUUGACUAUCCCCUCCUUCCUGUACCGGUCACUGCUGGAGGAGCACUUUCCACCCAAGAAGUCUUGUGGUGUGAAUUAUGGGCCCAACGGCGAGCACAAGGAGAUGACUGUGGCCAUGAUGCGACUGGUCAUUGGCUUCCUGCUGCCACUGUUGACGCUCAGCGUCUGCUACACCUUCCUCUUGCUGCGGACCUGGAGUCGCAAGGCCACACGCUCCGCCAAGACGCUCAAGGUGGUGGUGACUGUGGUGACCUGUUUCUUCAUCCUCUGGCUGCCUUACCAAGUGACUGGCACGCUCAUGGCCCUGCACCCCUCCCAUUCCGCCACCUUCAAGGCGGCCUCCAAGCUAGACCGUCUGUGUGUCUCCCUGGCCUAUGUCAACUGUUGCAUCAACCCCAUCAUCUACGUGGUUGCCGGGAAGACCCGGAUCCGCAAGUCCCUCCCCAGCAUCCUCCGCCACGUGCUGACCGACGAGACCCUGAGCCGGGACAGCAAGUCGGUCACGCGCUCCACGGCGGACACCACAGCCGAGCGGUGCCAGGCAGUGUGAGCCAGGCCUCCGGGCCACUGUCUGCCCUGUGCCCGCUUCAUCUCCUGCCCCCGCAUGCUCUGCUCUUGCUUGUCUUUGUUGCAGGCCUGGUGGUUUCUCUCUGCAGGCUCCCUCUUCUCCUUCCUUGGGGCCAAGGUCAGCUCCUCCUCCCCCUGGGACACCCCAUGGCUUUUGUGACACAGAGAAAAGACCAGCGGAUGUGGCCCACAGACAGCGUAGGUGGAGUGCCUACGCGGGCACCCGGA